AGCCUAGUAUCCCUUGGCAUCCAGGAAUACACGCCAAUGUGUUUUACAAGCUCCAGAUGAGUGCAAUCUAUCACUAAACACACGAGCACCUGCACAGAGUCAAUUGACCAAACCAGGGAAACGUUUUUCGGUGAGAUUGUAUUGCAUCAGGUCAGACUACUCCGCGCUACUUUCUCAAGAAAACGCGCGCACACACAAUGAAGCAAGCAUCUAACUGAUAUACAAAGCAAAGCACAGAAAAGUGGUAUCGUGCAAUAAUAGACAGAUGGAAAAAGUCCAGACGCAAACUAGCAGUGAACCACUGCAGCGCUGUAUCCCUGAUGCGUGCCGCGGAACAGGCAUAGAGUAUUAACUUUAUGUUCGCAGGCUGGGGCUCUGUGCUAGGAAACAUGAGAAGGGUGACAUAUUCAGCUUCUGGGGCUGAGAAUCGGAGGCCACUGAAUAAAGCAGAGAGGCGACUGCGGUUCGUGUGGUUUUAGCUCAGGAACUUAGAACGGGAACAUGUGAGCAGGGAAUGGACAACUUGAAGCAGGAUUACAAACUACACCGAGAAGCAGGCGGGCUGCCGUACAGGAGACUCACCGGGACACGGGUGGAGCAGCAGCUUCAAUAAGAAGUCAAGUGCAACACUUUCGAGAAGACAGACAGACUUUUACGCAGCAGAUCAUACGGAGGAAUACCGAACCAAAGAUGAAUACUAUUGUGUUUAACAAAUUGAGUAACCAGGUCCUCUUCGAUGAGAAGGCGAAGGAGGCCGAGAGGAGCAGUAGAAAUUAUUUAGAGGUAAUAGAUGGACAGCAUCCGGACCUUCAUCCAGACCUGCUAUCAAGCAAUCAUCAAGUUAUCAAAGACAACAACGGCAUCAGACACAGGAGGCCUACAGUCUGCAACCUUGACAACUACGUUAUGAAAACAAAAUCUGAAAAGGGCCGUCAGAAUGGUGGGAAGGUGCGACACAAGCGCCAGGCUCUACAGGACAUGGCUAGGCCUCUGAAGCAGUGGCUCUACAAACACAGGGACAACCCAUACCCCACUAAGACAGAGAAAAUCCUGCUAGCCCUCAGCUCUCAAAUGACCUUGGUCCAGGUGUCUAACUGGUUUGCCAACGCCAGGCGGCGGCUGAAGAACACAGUGAGACAGCCAGAUCUGAGCUGGGCGCUGCGCAUCAAACUCUACAACAAAUACGUCCAGGGCAACGCAGAGAGACUGAGUGUCAGCAGCGAUGACACCUGCUCAGAAGACGGGGACAACACUCAGCGGAUGCAGACGAGCGGCGGCGAGUUCAGCAAGCCCAUGUACCAGAGCGUCAUCAAGAAAGAGGGUGCCACCAUGAUGGGGACGGGGCUCCGAGCCGCUGACGCCGCCUCAUUGGCCGAGGACUACGUGACUCCGCCUCCUAAGUACAAGAGCAGCUUGCUUCACCGGUACCUUAACGACUCGCUGAGACACGUGAUGGUGGCCAACGGCGUCAUGGAUGCCAGGAAGAGGAACCACUCGGGAUCCUUCAGCUCCAACGAGUAUGACGACGAUCUCCUCUCCCCGUCGUCCUCAGAAACCGAGGCAAACUUUGUUUAUCGAGCUGAAACCAUGGACCAUGGAUCAAGUAAAUGUGACAAUGGGGGUGUUCAGAAGGAGAAGGUGCGGGGCAAAGACGAGACGUACUGGAAGGAGAUCAACGCAGCCAUGGCCUUGACUAACCUGGCGCAGGGAAAGGACAGCGGCGGAUCAGGGACGACCAGCUGCAUCAUCCAGAAGUCCUCUCAUAUAUCAGAAGUAAAGACUGUCAAAGUGCCUCUGGCGCAGAAGUACUAGCGCCUAUCACGGAGUCGUGUGUCUCCAACUCAUCUUCCCUUCUGCUCUCUAUGCAACACCAACCUUCCCUCUGAAAAUUCACUCGGAAGAGACAGUCAAAAACAAGAAACAAGUACUCUCUUUUUUCUGUCUGUAAAAAUGCAGCAGAACUGAAGACAUCCUAUUUUGUGUGUGGGUUGUGUUUUGACCUGCAUCACAUGCAUUAGACAGGUGUUGACAUGAUCAUCGUUAGCUGCAUUGUUCAGUUCUGAACGAGACACUUUUGUUAUGUUAACUUAUUUGAUGUAUCUGAAUUUCAUUUUUUUUUUUUAUACUCCGAAAUUUGUAUUGUACUUUUGCCAAAGUGCCUUUUUGGAAGCAAAGCAUCACACCCGUUGUGGUUAAUAAUGUACAGAGUGCCUCUGGGAACAUAAAGGACUAUCUGAAGAGGCAAAAUAAUAUGGUCUUACAAGCUUCUUCUGAAGGACUUCCUCCCUCCAUGAUAUGUGCCUUACAACGUGAAUGAAUUUAGCUGACCUUAAAUAAUAUCUGUACUGUUCUAAUUUAUCAAGACACACACACACACACACACACACACACACACACACACACACACACACACAAAGCAGUGUGUGACUAAAUUAAAUGAAACUAAACAGACAAUAACUGUGAAUAUAUAGAUAGAGUUCACUCCAGCCAAACACACUAACACCUAGCACUUGAGGGUUAGAAUGGAUAGGAUACCAGCAGAUCCAUUGUGCUGUCGUUAGUCACAACCACCAUCAUGUUUUCCACAGCUCGGCCUUGGGAGUUUUAUUUCUGAGAGGGGAUGGAUCCUUAUCAAGGUUUUUAAACUGGAAAGCGCAAGCAAAUGUUGACCUAGCACCAGCACACAGGCAUGCUCACGUGCACACACACACACACACACACACACACACACACACACACACACACACACACACACACACACACACACACACACACACACACACACACACACACACACACACACACACACACACACACACACACACACACACACACACACACACACACACACACACACACACACACACACACACACACACACGGUCGGGAGGUUUAGUCGGCACAGUGCUCUAUCUGUUUAAUCAAAGAGGGCUGUGAACUAAAGGGAUGUUUUUCUGUCUGUUAUCAGUGUAGUAUUAUAUGAAGUACCGUGUUGCUCCCUGACAUGUUAUCGUUUAGAACAAGGUACGUCAACAGUGUAAAAAAACACUAGGAGGUCAAUUUAAUCCAACCGGAUUGCAGUAUUUAUGCAGUGGUUAUUUUUCCAAUGGUCAAAUGAAUUCACAGACUGGUCUUGGGUUAUGUAUAAAAACCUACAACUAUGACCAGGGCGACCCCCGGGAUGGAUAUUGUACAUAAAGACACUGAGUAAACAUUGCUAAGGCGGGUUUGUUUGAAUCCCGACCUAGCUCACCAUGCCGUUUAAUCCUACACUCACUCCUGCUUAGCUGUUCUAAAUCACACUCAAUGUGCUGUUUACAAGAAGCCAGAGAGAGAGAGAGAGAGAGAGACAUGCUCAAAAAAUUACAAAUAAAUAGCCUUUUCAGUAUUAUCUCUUUGUCAGCCAGCAAAGCAAUUGUUCAAGUAUUUGUUAUUGUGAGUUUGUUUAUCGCAGUGGUUGUUCUGCUGUAUCAAAGUUUUACUUAACCAUAACGCGUUGUGUUCCUUUUUGUGACCGAAUGGAAAGAAUCCUCCUUAAAUACUUCUAAAGUAUGUUAUUUACAUUGUAGCAACCCAAUGCCAAGUCCACAACUGAGAGAAAUCAAGUUGGACUGUUAUAGUAAGUAGUCAGCCAUUUUCUGCCGACUCACUAAUUGUUUGUAUAUCUUCAAGGUACUGUUUAUGUGUCAAAAUCUACACUUAAAAAAAGAAAAUCUCUGUGCUGUUUGGGCCCAUUGUUUGACAACCUAGACUGUGCUUGUGGUCAAGGGGUGAUUGAGAAGAGCUGAACAAAGCUACUUAUAGCCAUGACUCUUAUUCUUGAAUGUGCAAACCGUUAAAAGCUGCACUUUAAACUCUCUGUUCUCCAGUAGGAAGAAACAGAAGAAAAGUUGUCAUUGAGAAGUUCUGGGAUUGAUUUGAAGGAGGAAACAGUGUGUUGAGGCUUCAGAGGCACAGAACAGCCAUUGUUUUACCUGUACACCCUGUCGGGACACAGAAUCAGUCGGCAAACUAAAUGUACCCCGAGGCUUCGGUCCUGUACUGUACAUUUGUUUCUGUGCAGAAACUCAUGCUUUCAAACAGAUGCUGACAAACGGAAAGCAAUUGACUUUUGUCAUAUUUUAGAAAAUCUAUAAAUUAUUAAGGAUUGUAAAAAAAUAAGUUGGUGAGAAUAGUCUGUUUUUUUUUAUUGUUAAGUUAUGAGUUAAAACAUUUUGAUAGAGACUGGAUUGUUAUCCAAUGACCAAAUGCAUAAUAUCUCAUUUUAUUGUCUGAUUUUGCUUUUAUGUAAACAUUUAUUUUGUUAAUCUAUGGUUACUUCCACAAAACAAUGAAUAAACCUUUGAAGAAAUUGUA